CUGGUGGCUAGCUGGCUGGGGAGGCAGUUCUGGUGGCCGGGGGAGGCAGUCCUGGUGGCUAGCUGUCUAGGGAGGCAGUUCUGGUGGCUGGGGAGGCAGUCCUGGUGGCUAGCUGGCUGGGAAGGCAGUCCUGGUGGCUGGGGGAGGCAGUCCUGGUGGCUGGGGAGCAGUCCUGGUGGCUAGCUGGCUGGGAAGGCAGUCCUGGUGGUUGGGGGAGGCAGUCCUGGUGGUUGGGGGAGGCAGUCCUGGUGGCUGGGGGAGGCAGUCCUGGUGGCUAGCUGGCUGGGAAGGCAGUCCUGGUGGCUGGGGGAGGCACGGUUAGGCUCGGUUUCAGUUGCACAGCUGUCAUUGAGCCAAUGAGUGAGCGGGGGAGUGCAUCACAUGGGAGGAAGGGCUUAUUAUGUAUGUUGCAGGCAGGGACUGUGUGUCCGGAGCUCCUCAUUCCCCGGUGCAGAGGCUGCUGGCUGGCUCCUGUAUGCCCUGCUCUCCCUGCAAACAGUGAGCGGGGCCAGGCUCGCCGAGACUGACAUAGCGGGGUCCGGGCGGAGGGAAGUCACAGUCACCCACCGAGGAGAGCACCCACCGCACCGCUGCCAUGCUCUGCUAUGUGACGAGGCCGGAUGCGGUGGUCAUGGAGGUUGAGGUUGAUACCAAGGCAAACGGGGAGGACUGUCUGAACCAGGUAAUGGAGCUUUAUGGGGGACUACCAAUCGGGGGGACUCACGGUGGCUCACUCUGGGCAUCUUAAUAUUCUAAAUGUUAUAAUAAAGGGAUUUUAUCUCCCCCUGGCCAGCAUCGCUGAGUGUUUACUACCUGUUCUGUCUGGUCACUUCUUUAACCCUUGUUUUUGUUUUCCUGAGUUCUACAAUAAGUGCACCCACUGCCACUAUUUACUGUCAGACCUCUGUAACUCGGUACCCAGCCCCCAUACUGGGCUACCAGGCUGUGAGCCAUUCACUGCCUCCUGUGUGCCCACCUAGGCUGGCAGGAACUGUGCCCAGAUCUGCUCUGCCUCUGCUCUCAAACUGUUGCUUUUCCUACAAUUAAGGUGGAAACGUGUCUAGUUUCAGCCCACACACUGCAUAUGCGACUUAUUUUUUUGCUGCUUUUUAUAUAUCUCUUCAUUGUACACCUAAUCCUUGUUUUUCACAUUUAUGCUUUGGCUAAAAAUAUCUCAUUCUGAAUUCAGGUUUCAUGUUGUGUUUUAAGACUGACGGGGGGAACUUUGCAGUAGGUUUUAAAUACUUCUCAGUUUAAAAUGUUUAAAAUUGGCUUCUCCUAAAGACAUCAUAUAUAAUUCAUGGCGGUUGCAAAUUGAUUAUUUAUGGAUUUAUUACCUGCAUGACCAGUUGAAAUGAACCUGCUGUAAAAUUUGGGUUAAUAUUUGUAUAAUGUAUGAUAUGUAAACUAUACUGAAUUUGUAUAGUUAAUUAAUUUAGCAUUCAGUAACACAAUUUUAUAGUAAACUUGUAUCAAUUCGCCUUAAUUCUGAUCAUGUCCUUUAUGGGUUACAUAGUUGAUGUUUAUGAAAGCAGCCCUCUCUUUGUUUGCGUCUGCCUGUAAUUUGAUCCAUGUGUUGUUUAGCUAUGAUUUGAAAUGUGCUGGUUUUAAAGGUAUAUCACACUGACUGUAGCAUUGGGCUACAGGUCAGGUUACACUAGCAAAUCCCUGGUUUACCUAUUUUUAUUUUAUUUUUUUUAUUAUGAACUGGGUGCACAUGCUUUUGCCCUCUAGUUAAAUGCUACUGAAUUUUCAGUAGUGCCCAUGGCAAAAGUUGUGCUUCCUCUUUUUUACAAACUACGUAUGUGGUUUUAGUAUCUCAUACAGUAUGAUAACAUUGCUUCCUGCUUAUGGCAAUUCUACAUCAACUUAAUUUCAAACCCACACACAAACUUUUUGGAAUGUUGAUUCAGGUUUUAUAACAACAACAAAAGUUGAGUUGGAGCCUUUCUCUUUUUUUUUUUUUCAAAUGUCAUAACUUUCUGCAUGUUUCUUGUUGUAUUUAAAACAUUGGAAUUUUUCUGUUAACAGUAUUAUUAUGUAUUGCCAUUUAUAUUCCAUAGCACCAACAGAUUCCAUAGCACUCUACAAUAUUAUGAGAGGGGGGAUGUAACUAUAAAUAGGACAAUUACAAGAGAACUUACAGGAACAAUAGGUUGAAGAGGACCAAACGAGCUUACAGUCUAUAGGAGGUUGGGUAAAGACACAUUAGGACAGCACAUAUCAAUCAAAUAAGGUGGGAAUACAAUGAACAACAGUACAAUCAAAUAAUGUGUCUAGUGUUCGGUACUGCAGGGGAAAAAUAAAUAAUUUACACGUCUGUGAGCUAUAAAAUGUAUAACAAGUAAAUUGGUGAGAAUUUAAGAGAUACUUCAGCGGUGUUUUAAAUUUAGUCUAUGUAGACCACUUGGCAAAUAAACCUGCCCAAAAUGGCCAAAUUUACCCCAAUAUAUUUUGUAUAUUUUUACUAGAUAAUUGCUGUGUUGUGAACCUCCCUUAUAAGAUCUGCAGCUUGGGGUUUAAAGAUGUUCUUAAAGCUUAUAUGUCCAGCCCUUUUGUAUUCCAGGUUCCAUUUUACAUUUGGUGCAGACUGGCAGUCUCCAAAAGCAAACACUUGAGCUCUGGGUAGCAUUGUUUGCACAAUCUGAUGUGCCAUAUAACUGUAUGAAAAGCUAGCCAUGCCUUUUAUUACUCUGUCACCGUUUGCAGCCUAAGAUUCAUGACAACUUGUAUUCUCACUUAUUGUUGACUCCUCUUGACACUGAAAGCUGGAGAAGAGCAUUCUUUGACAAGGUUACUGAAGGUCGGCACUUACCUUAUGCACUUGUCUAUCUCUGGAACAGACAUGGAAAGAACUUUGUGCCUUGACUUGCUUUCUUGUCGUGCCAUUAAAAUUAUCAAUGUUAAUGUUUCUUUUCUUACGUGUUUAUUUUUAAAAUACCCUCUUCGAGAAUAUAAUUUAUUUCUCUAAAGCAUUUCGUCUUUUACAUUGAAUUUAGUUUAAGUGGGCAGAUGUUGCAUUUCUCGGUGGAAUAACAUUUUAAAAAUCUAUAUUGUGCAGUGCUGCAGUAGUUAGUGCUUUAUUAAAAAAAAUAAUAAUAAUAAUAAAAAUAAAUAUAUAUAAUGUGUCUCCCUCCCACCAAACUGUCUGUUACCCAUAAAUCAUGUGCCAUAAAUGUUGACCUUUCACCUUUUUUGUUUUCAGUCAUUGAUUUCCUAUAACUAUCUUUCACUGUUCUCAUUGCACCUAUCUGGAAAUGUUCUCCAAUACACAAUUUAUAUUUGCAUGCCAACUUCUAUGUUUAACUAUUCUAUCUGCCUGUGAAGUAUGUUGUUUUGCAACAAUGGCUCUUUCAUUGUACAAUGCCAAAUAAUUUAUUUCUGGAAUUCAGUUCUCUGGCACAUGACACUAUAUACCUGCCAUAGCUGUUGUAAUUAAAAACUUUAGUGUCAAUUAUAUUGCAAUUAGUUUGUUUUUAGGCUCUGCCAAUAAGGUUUUUCUGGCUUUUAUAGUAAUUUAAAAAAACAAUAUCAGGUUGCAUUCCCCAGUUCUGUUACAAAUAUGUGUGUUUUGUAGAAAUGUAAAGCUUGCUUCAGUCUUCAAAAUGUUGGUUCACUUCAAAUCUUCAGUGUAAUCGUGUUGUCCAAUAUCAAUUUGGACUUGGGUAAGCAUUUUUUCCUUUGAACACAUUCUUUCCUGCUGGGACCAUCGGCGGUCUUUUAGGUCAGGAUAGUGUUUAAAGAAAACAGAUUUCACAGCCAUCAAAUCCAUAGAGGUAAUGCAACUUUUAUAGUUUUGGAUGUCAAAGUCACUUUCUUCAAUAUAAAAGAGCAUUUUUCUUUUUGUAAGUUAAGGUUUAGUAAAUCAGUCCGGCGUUAAAUCUGUAAUAUAAAAAUUAACCAUUACAUAAAAAUAAAAGUUUAACACGUGUUGUUGUUAGUGAUAUUUAAAUGUUUUUAUUCUAUGGUGCAAUUACCAGAAAAGUGUCAGUUUGCCUUUAAUACAUAGUGUGAAUUUAAUCCACUUGAUUUAUAACUGUGGUAUUUAAAAUAUUUCUAUCAGAAGCAUCCAGCCUGUGCCUACUUAGCUAUUUGACUAAAUUUCCCAUAAGUCUUUGACAAAAGCUGGAGUGCCAGGGUUGUCAUGACUGAGAUACACAGCUACCAGCUUCGUUAUCUUCACGUUUAUUUAUUUGAAGUUAUGGUAUAAAAUCAUUGUAAUGACAUAGGGCACCAUGAAUAUAUUAUACAAUUGUAUAUGUUGGCGCUUUGUAUGUUUUGUACUUGUACAAUGCAAAGUGAAAGUAUCCCAAAGAACUUGAUGUGCAGCAAAUGCUUAAUGUUUUGUUGGGGAGGGGGGAGUUUAAAACAAGUAAGCUAAAUACAUUUUAUUUUUUUUGAAAGUAGAGUGAUAGAAGCUUAUGUUACAUGUUAUCAGUAGGUUAAUCUGUAUAUUGAUAGUUAGGUACAUAUUUCAGGUGAUUGGCCUUGCUCUAGUUUGGUCAUUUUGUGCCUUUUUUAUUUACCUAAGGAGGAAAACCUUGCAGGAUUUAGCAAACAGUAUUCAAGUGCAGUAUGUUUCUCAAUUCACUUUUAUAUUUGUGCGUGUAAAAGUUUUUUUUGUUUUUUUUUUUUCAUGCCCCACUGAUCAUGUCACUUAUGCAACUUAUUCAUUAAAUAGUAUAACAUGGGGAAAACGCUGCAGAAUUUAGUGUGGAACAACAAGAUGGGGGUGUAUGUAUAGCAAAUAUGCAGAACUGUAACUUUUUUUUAUUAUUAUUAUUUUUUAUUUUAUUUUUUUUCAAAACUUCAUGGUUUCUUCUUUCAUGGUUCUAUGGGAGUAGUGAAGGGAUGGAAGGGCUAGUUCCAGCCACUAAAGUGAGUGGAGCUAACUAGAAACUAGACCACCAGAAGUAGGGGCUUGUUGGCACAGACUGUGUUGGGGUGGGGAUGCAUGGAGAGUAAUAAAGCCCAUCUUAACAUAAAUACACCUUUUCCUUUAAUUUUAGGUAUGCAAAAGGUUGGGGAUUAUAGAAGUGGAUUACUUUGGGCUCCAGUUCAGUGGAAAUAAGGGAGAAAAUUUAUGGUUGAAUCUUCGAAAUCGAAUAUCGCAGCAAAUGGAUGGGCUGGCCCCUUACAGAAUGAAGCUGCGGGUCAAGUUCUUUGUGGAACCCCAUCUUAUCCUUCAGGAGCAGACCAGGUAAGGACCGUAUUGUGCGAAGACUGAGUUAUAUCCUCUCUCAGAUUAUAUCUACCUGGAAAUUUGCUUUUUGCUCUUCUUUUAUGAAUGUGGGAACUGACCUAUGUGAAAGCUUCCUCGUGUUUAUGAAUUUACUAUGUUCUUCUAUACGUCUUAUAUUUUUAUUUUAUUUUGUGUGUGUGUGUGUGUGUGUGCAAAAUUUUGGCAAAAAUAAUCAAAUACUAGAAAUCCACUGAUUUUCUAUAUAUAUAGUUUUUGUCUAUUCUGAUUUUUAGAGAAUAAACAUUGUCAGUCCACCAUUCCCUUUUUGCUUCAUUUUAGCUGUGUAAUAGAUGUUGUGUUUAGUGCUGAUUACUAGUAUUUGGUAAUGGGGUAACAUUAAAUUGUAAAUCUUUGUCAAUAUUAUAGCUGUACUAGUUAGAUGGUUUAGCUAUGCAUUUCUGAAUUUCCCAGUGUGCUAAUGAUUUGCUUGUCUUUUGAGUUGCUUAGUUAUUGCAGUCCAUAAAUUCCUAUGCACAACACAAUUGUGUUUUAAGAUUUUUUUUUUUUGUUUUGUUUUGUUUUGUGUGUGAUUUUAUUUACUUAUUUAUUUUGUAAAGGUUUGGAUUAGGAAGAACAUAUUUCUGAAGUGAUGUGAUUGUAUUGUUGUGUGACAAAAUAUAUUAUUUUGUUACCCUGGUUUAAAGAUGGCUGACGCAUCAGUUUAACAAAAUGUUUUGUUUUUUUAAAUUAAAGUUGUAUUGCAUUUUGUUGAGCAUAUUUGGCCGAUCAGCUGAGUGGUAGUCAUGUAUGUUAUUGGAAGGGGCUAGCUUUGAGAAGGUUGUCUAAAAAGGCUGCCUUUGGUAAUCAAAAAUUUGGGAAUUUUAUGUGCUGUAUACAUUAGCUAUCUGUAGGAUGUAGGCACGCUCUUGUGUUUCUGUUAAUUUUUAAAGCUUUAAUCAGAUUCUGGGUAAAAUACUUUGCCUACAAAUUGAGCCAUUUUUGUGAUUUGACUGUAUAGCUAAGCUUGCUAAAGCUACAUUAUUUUUCUCUAGUAUGUCCGUUUAUAUUACCUCUGUUACUUCUGUAUACACUUGUUAAGUGUGUGUGUACUGUGUUGGAUGUAUGUACAUGCGUGUCUCAACUUUUUCCUUCUAGUCUAGGAUAGCACUCAAACUUCUUUCACACCCCCUCCACCCCAUAAAGGUUUUGCAUUCAAUGCAUAAAUUAAAAGGUUACAUGUUUUUUUUUUUUUUUGUUAAAAUUUUAAGACCAAUUUGAAGUGCUUUACUUCUACGUGGCCGUUUAAUUAGCUGUGCAGUUCCAUGUUGGCUAAUAAGUUACAUUAUUUUCUUGUUCUUUUCUAGCUACAGUGUAACUGUAACUUCACCAGUAUGUCCUAUAGUAACCUCAUAUGCCUGACUGUGUUAUUAUAGGUCAUUCUAAACCACAAGUACAGCAAAGCAGGAAACUCCCUCCCUCUGAAACCAGCUCAGAUAUUUUUUCCAGCAUAGGGUGCCAGAUUACACUGUUUUAGCAUAAUGUAUGUACAGUCCAAAAAAAGACACCGUUGCUCUGUGCUGAACUGGAACACCCUAACAAUGUUUAAUGCUACCUUUUUAUUUAUUCAUAGUGAUAACUUCCCUUGAGAUAUUCACUUCAGGUUUUUCUUUUAUAUUGGGAAAGAACAAUCCAACUUUCUCAGGGCUUGUGUGUGCAUAUAAAUGGGGGAGCUGUCAAGGGACAAUAGUGCAAAUAUAUAAUCUCUCUCUCCAAGUCAUCGUGUUCCAUUUGGUGUAGUACUGUACCCAUCUUGAACCCAAACUACUUUAAAGAGUUGUAGCUAUUGUUUCAGAGACUUUAAAUAUUUUUAUAUCCACCUAGCCCUCACUAUAACACACCGGUAUACCCAUAAAGACACUGUAAUGAGUCUCAGAUGUAUGUAGACGCACACACACUUGGCCACAUACAUAGUCCUAUUCAGACGUAUACUCAAAAUUACACACACUGUCUAUAAUGGGGGAAAAAAAAAAUGGUUCACAGCUCCAUGUUUGUGUCUCUUUGUCUUUAAUUUCUGGAGUUUCACUUCUGCACUGUUUGGAUGAGCGCAUCGUCAUGAAUGAUGAUUAAAUUGUCUGGCAGAGUCAUGGUUCAUGCACCAUGGGGCUUUAUUUGGUUCUCAUAUCUUCCUUCUGGAAGCAUGUCACCAGAUAUUGAAUGAGCCUCCGAGCUCAGAAAGGACCCAGUAAGAGGACAAGUUUUACAAAGUGUUUUUUGCCCCAUUACCCAGGAAACCUGUCCAGGUUAUUCCUGGCACCGUGAUCACUGUGGCGGGUUGUAGUGAUUCUGAUGCUUUGAGUAACCCUUUAAGGGUUGAGACUGAAGUUUGUGCUAUGUGGAGGUAGUGGCAGCAGAUCAACAAGACUGAUUGGCUGUUGUCCUCUGCCUCUAUUGGAAAUACAGCAUGAAGGGGGGUAAUGUGAUGCCCACCCUGCAGAAUUCCAUGAUGCUCACACUGUACCUCACUGCUAUCAAGGCAUGGAUAAAUGAGGCUAUGUUCUGCAGCCUAGCACUUUGCUGGCAGGGGACCAUGGCAUGAAGCCACAAACACAAAUGUUGGCCCACUGAGCAUCUGUGCCGUGUACCCUGUGGUAAUUAUAGGCCUGCUGGUAACCAAUCUAGAUUGCAAACCUUAACGAGUAUCCUUUGGAUCCGCUUACUCUGUACAAAAUCAAUUAACAUAUUUAACUCAAAAUUUAUUGGGUGUUCACAUUACAUGAUAUCGGCAGUCUUUGCCAGGUGUGUAUGCAGCAUUGGCUUAGACGUCCGAUUCAAAGAAUUUCAUAGCACAAAUUAACUUGCUUUAAAGUGUUUGUGUCCACUCUAUUGAAAAUUGCAAUAAGUGUUCGUGUAGCACACAGACAAAGAAUACACAACGCAAAAAUUGACCACAAGGGACAACCAAAGACAGCUAGCCUUUUGUAGGUAAAAACCUUAAAGGGUGUGAAGCUUGACCUAAGCUCAGCCCUUUGUCAAGUGCUGAGAUGUACGUAAGGAAAAGUAGUCUGUAAUAGUGUAGAAUAUGACCAGGCUCCUUUUAAUGCGUAAGCUCCAUGAGCAAUAAUGAGAUGCCUGCAGCAUAAAUUUGGAUAUGGAUACUUCGACAAACAUAGUGUUGUGGGGUUUUAUUUAUUUAUUUAUUUAUUUUUAAACUUAGAAUUUACUACCCUUUCAUUUUUGUUUUACCCUUUUAUGGGUUUCGUCGUGUGCUUGUGUUACAGCCUAAAUAUUUAUUGAGCUUUGGUACAAUUGCGAGUCCCUGAAGGAAAUCACAAGACUUCCCCAGUACGGGAUGUUAUGGUGUAACUACAGGUCAUUGACUCCCAGUAGCCUUGUGUUGCUCUCAGGAGCUGUCAUAUAUAGAUCACCACAGACUCUGUGUUCCUGCUUGGUCUUCUUCCUUUUCCUUUAAUUUUUUUUUUUUAAUGCAAGCUACAAAAACAAGAAAUGGGUAAAUGGCGCUAAAGAUAUUACUUAUAAAAUCCAAUAAAAUUAUAAUAUACCAGUGCGACUAAACCAAACCAGUGUUAAGUCACCUUUUUAUACUCUCUCAUGGCCACACCUCUUAGCAGUGUGCUGCUUGAGCAAAAUGUUAGUACAAUAAACAUAGUGGAUACUCAAAAGCAAUUGGAGAAGAAGUAGAUCAAGUGUUUCCUGCAAAAGUAACAUUCUUUAAAAAACAACCUUUUUUAUGUUAAGUUUUUACAAAUUUGUUGGUAUGUCCACUGUCCCUUUUAAGGCAUAAUGUACAGUAAUUGUACUGUAGACAGACUGCACCCAUUGUCUGGCUCUGCAGCUGCUGGUGACAUGUGUAUUAAUCUGUUGUUCAGCGUUUUGGCCUUCUCUCUCCAAAGUAGGGGAAAGGUUACCACAGUUCAGAUAAUACAAGCUGUAAUUGGUGAGCACCAGGUGCAUAGAUGUUCAGCCUCCUCCCUCUGUGACUUCUGUAGAUGUAUUCUGUCCCUUUUACAAGCUCAUUGCCCUGUGUUUUUGCGUCUGUACCCUUAAUUGUUUGCCAUAUUUAAUUAGCUUAAGCAGAAAACAGAUAAACAUUCAAUUCAUAGUUGUAGAUUUGCUGUUUAUAACUGCUAACUAAUCAUGAAGUGUACACUUUAUAUAUGGUUUAUUUUCCUGUUUACAUGAAAAGUUUUUACAAUGUGUAUAGUGUGCUCUCGUGUGUACAUGACUUGGUGUCACUUUAAAGAGCAUGCUUGUUUGUCGCUACAUUGUGCUAGCCAAAAAUGUGUUGUUUUAGGGUUUUUUGUUAAAGGGAAAUUCUAUAUAGUAGAAUUUAUUUUAUUUUAACAUUUAUUCUGUUGGGUAUCUUCAUUUAGUUUAAUUGGCCCCAACAAUUUUAUAUUAAAACUUACCUUAAAUCCAGCGCCUAAACUUCUGACUCUUGCAUUAUAACAAUGACCUCUUUCGUUCAGUGAAAGUCUUCAUUAGCUACAUGAGCAUAAUGUUUGAUGCCUGUACACCAUUUGACAUAUUCUGCCAAUCAAAUACUUAUCGUUAAAAAAAAAAAUAAUAGCUGAAUCCAAUGCUUCUCUACAAGAAGCAUCAAUUGACCGUUCAGUGUGUGUGUGUGUGUGUGUGUGCGUGCGUACAGAAAGGGCAAGAACUGAGUCCAACUCUGUUCCUAAUGCAGAAGCUGUCGGGGUGAUCCAUGGCAGGUGCUAUGGGUGUAGGAAGUAAAAGAAAACAGUCGGGGAAGAAAUAUAAAAUAUGAUCCACAACCAUUUUCCUUGCUGAGAUAGGGAUAUUCUCUGACUCUGAUAAUUUUCUAAUUCUGCUAUUGUGACCUUCAACUUGUAAUUCUCAAUUCUUCACAAUUCAGUUAACGAAUACCCCCUGCAUAUCACGGUUCAGUUAUAAAAGUGCCACUUUCUAUUAAUAUUUGAGGGCACACUCUUCACACACAAAGCACUUUAGCAAGCAAAAGUGCUUAGGUGUCCUGAGUGUCCUUUGAACACUAUACAGUUUUGUUUUUUCCUUAUUCCUUUCUGGGAACCUCAAAAUCUAAGAUAGAGAUGGCAACUUAAAGUAGAAUUAUUAUUUUUUUUUUUUUUUAUGGAAAAUGCAACCUGCUAUACCUCCACAAUGUCCUCCAGUAUUGGCUGUACAGCAUUAUGGAGCAUUCACAGAAAUCUGUUAAUACGAAAAGCCACAAACUCUGUUUCCUAUGACUCCAAUGAGCAAUGUGGUCACUUGAAGACGCCUCCAUAGACAUCACGCAUACUUGUCAUAUAGUGGCAGCCUGGUCCAUUUUAGAUACUGCAGUCUCCCGGGAAAUACACAGUGGUCCAGUUCAGUCCUGGAGAACACUAAGAUUGUGUGCUACCAACCAAUGCAUAGCUCCUGUCUGUUGCCUAAUGCCUGCAGUAAUGUGGCAUAAUGCAUCCCAAAACACUGCCUGCUAUUCUAAUCUGCAGCAACAUGGUGCAAAUAUUCAGCCCACAACCCAUACAUGCUAGUUGCUUGAGAGCAAUUGCCACUAACCCUCCCUUGAGGAAUACUCUGGAUUCUCCUGCUUAUAAUUAUUGACUUGGAGUCUGACCCAGCAGGGUAUGAAUGCUGUAUGGCACUGCUUUGUCGUCUUGCCUUUUUAAAUCCACAGAAAUGUUACAUUGAGCAGCAAAUGCAAUGACUUGUACCUCUUUUGAUCAAUCUGAAAGACUACAACUCUACAAUCGUGUGUGUGUGUGUAUAUAUGUGUGUGUGUAUGUAUGUGUGUAUAUAUAUUGCAGUGAUUUUGAUAUUAAGGCAUGCUGAGAAUAAGAUGGUUUUACAUUUUCCUUUUUUUUUUUUUUUUCUUUUUAAGCCCUUCCUUUCACAGCUUCACUCCUUUUUAGAAUCCUGGCACAAUUUUAACAUAAUGUGCUAAGUGUUCAGCAUUGCUAUGCAAAUUGGCAGGUUAUAAGUUGAUUAUGGGAUAUUUUUAAAAAGAUACAUAUAUGGGUACUAGCAAUUAAUGUUUAAAAGCUGCCUUGUUCCUGUGAGCUUGCUGUCUUGUAGAAACCUUAAGAUAUGAAAAUAAGGGGACUACUUGGAAGGAAGGUCAUAUGGCUAAAGGGGAGCUACGAGAAUUUAAUUCCAGAGAGAAAAAAAUGCUUACCGAUUUAAGUCACCAGUGAUGCGCGUGACAUCAUUGGCACACUACAUUAUGACACUCUCACCCCUUUUCCUGUGUAUAUAUGUGCGUGUGUGUGUGUAUGUAGGAAGGCAUGUUGUUAAGACCGAGUUGGUUGUGUACAAUGCCAGAGUAGUAGCAAGUAGAACUAUGAGGGCCAAAAUCUGGUAACCAAUCUACAGGAAUGAGAUUUUGGCAUGCAAUUGUAUGUAUGCAUUAGUGGAAGAUGGAACAACAGGCAAUCAAACACAUGGGAGGGCACUAGGCUGUUUUAAACAGGACACGGUCAUGGGGGGAAAGCAAAGUAAGCUCUCACUCUCAGCCAAUGAAUCGUGUCUCAGCUUGGUAUGAGUUGGUAUGAUAAUGCAGAUUGUUUGAAGGGCCAUGGGCACCUGACAGGUAAGUGUCAAACACUUGGUUAAUGGUUAACUUAUUGUUGACAUUGCCAGAUGAUUUACAGCACCAUAAUCAAGGCAGCACAUGUAGAUGUUAUCGUAUCUUAGCACUGCAAACACUUAGGGGUAAAUUCUUUCUGGGUUAUUAGCUAAACUCCAAAUUAAAUACCAAUAGAAAAAUUGAGGCAAAAAUGGCUCUUCUAAAACAAUUCUCUAACUCAGCCUUAGCCCAAACAUGGCUAUUUUUGCCUCCAUUUUUCUACUCCAAAUUGUGAAAAAACAGUCUAGUCAGUAACACUUUUUUUUUUUUAUAUUCCAUUAAUGUAUUUUAACAGUCUUGUGACUUUUCUACUCCUUUUGACUUAAAAUUAUAUAUAUAUAAUUAUAAUAUAAAAAUAAAUUUUUUAUUUUUUAUUUUUUUUUUAAAGAAUGUUGUCAUUUUGGAUUCUGUUGUUGCUUUCCCACAGAGUCUGAGACAUGGGAGACACCUACACAACUGUAUAUCUUUAGACACAUUGCUAGUUACAGAUGGCCUUUAAAUUGUAAUCCGAUGAGCUUUCAAUGGAUUUUUUCAGAAUGAGUAAAGUCUAAAGAUGAGCAAUUUUACAAAGAAAAUAGCAUCAAUUUGUAAGUUUUAUGAUCACUUUUUCAGGACCGUGCGCUCAGCCAAAUCACUUGUUAACCCAUAAUCUUUUCAGGACCAAUAACCUAUUGAUCUAAAGUCUGUGCCAUUUAGACUAUUUUAUGGAACUUUUAAAAAGGAGAAUUUCAAGAUUAGACAAAUCUAUUUUGCAUCCAGCAAUUCAUUCUCUGCAGUGUACAACUAUUCUUAUAUAUUUUUUUUGUUUAGUUUUAAACACUUGUGAUUCCAUGGUUCUUUUUUUUUUUUUUUUUUUUUUUUUUUUUUUUUUUUUUUUUUUUUUUUUUACUCCUUAACUACAUAGUGUGUGUGUGUGUGUGUGUGUAAUCUAUCCAUCUAUUUUUCUCAAAAUUGUCCUCUGAUUUAAAGGUUCUUCUGAUGAGACAUCUUCCUUUAGGGCGAAAAUAAACCACAGAAUGUGGAACCAAGAAUGUCUGUCUGUGCAGACUAGAUCUGCAUUUUUGUUUUCCUCUUUAUUUUCACAUUAAAAAUGAAAGUAACCUAGUGUAUGGCAAAGGGUUAUAAAUCCGGAUGGGGUAUUUUGUGAUUCCCUUGUAACUGGACAUCUGCUUUCUAUAUAGUGCUUGUUUCAAUCCUGAUUUAACUACAAAUGCUUUUAGCAUUGUGUAGAUCUUCAUGCAUUAGAACUAUUUUAUGUAUGUGUAUUCUGAACAAGCCUACAAAUGAAGACAGAAGUUAUCUGUUGUGCACUGAACGGUUUGUAACAGUGUGUGUGUGUGUGUGUCUAUAUAUAAUAUAGAUAAGCAAGGCACUCCUCCUGUAACUUAUUAAACAAAAUCAAGACUGCCUAGGUGCAAUCCCGCGUUGAAUAUAUAAUAGAAAAUGAAGGGAGCACACUAGGACUUCUUUUCAAUGGAAAAAAAGUAGUUUACUGUAUCAUCAAAUAAUACAUAUUCUGUGCAAAGUGCAAAAAAAAAUCGAAGUUUUGACCCUCCUGGGGUCUUUAUCAAGAUCGAUCUUGAUAAAGACCCCAGGAGGGUCGAAACGUCGGGUUUGCACAGAAUAUGUAUUAUUUGAUGAUACAGUAAACUACUUUUUUUCCAUUGAAAAGAAGUCCUAGUGUGCUCCCUUCAUUUUCUAUAUAUAGUAUAUUUAUUUUUUAUUUGUGGGUUUAUUGUAUUUCUUUUUGGUAUCUUGAUGAAUAGCUGAGAAAAUGGGGGCAUUCUGCUGCUCCUUCAAGCACCCAACAUAAAUAUGCUAUGUAUGCUCAUAAAUAAAUUAGAAUAAACCAUGUACGCCCGAAACACAAGACCUUUCUGUGAAUCUUUGACUCCAGCUUUUCAGACCAUUGUUGAAUAUCCUUCUUUAUGAUGGAAUAAAGUUUUUAUUUUGUUUUGUUGAAUACAGUUGUCUUUGUAAAAAGCUGAUACCCAUUGGUGCAGAUUCAGUUUCUGUGUUCGCUGACAAACUUUAAGAAAAGUCUGAAUUAUUCAACAGCUAAUUAACAUCUUUAAACUUAGGGGCUAUUCAUGUAAUGCAAACCAAUCUUAUUACAAACCUCUAACCAUAUAGGUUUAAAACAUUGACACAUGGGCUUUGAAUUUUUUAUUUCUUCAAAUUCCUCAAUGCAAACAACAAUGAUGUAUAAGAAAGAUACUCUGUAUUCAGACCAUUGUACUUUGCCAAAUGAUCUGCAGUGAGGUUUGGCAUGUUUAAAAAUACUGUGUAUUAUCAGGAAAUGAAUUGCAUUAAUACCUUUGUGGUGGGAUUGCAAAUGAGUAGGACAUGAUUGAUUGAAUCUUUGGCAGGCAGUGUAUAGGGUCAUUGUUUUUACUUGGAUUUUAAGAACUGAUCGUUUCUGUAUAUUCACUUAGAAAAAAUAUAUAAUUUUUUUUUUUUAAUCUUAAAAAGCCAAGCCAAUCCCAAAAGAUAAUUUUAUAUACCAUACAUGACUGAUUUUUGUAAUGAUUCUGAUAUUUUUUAAAAAAAAGGAAAGAAAGAAAAAUAUAUAUAUAUAUAUAUAUAUAUAUAAUAAUUUAUUUUUAGUUUGGAACUUGACAAUUUUAGGUUCACUAUAGAAAUCAAAACAACGUUAGCUUAAUAAUAAAACAGUUUUAAUGUAUAGAUCAUUCCCCUGCAAUCUCACUAAUUUAAUACAUCUCUCUAUGAGGAGAUGCGGAUUGGUACAUUUGAUGCACAUGCACAAAAUCCUCCUAGUACUUUUCUAAAGGAAAGCAUUGGCUUAGCUGAGAUCAUAAAGAUUGAUAAUAUCUGUCAUAGAGGUAGUACCAGCCAUCAGUAUUUAAAUGAAGAGUGCACAUUUGUUUGGAAACUGUCAUUUUUGUGUUUUUUCAAACAAAUUUUUGUGCAUUUGCAUGUUUGAUUCUUUUUAUUUUAGAGGAUGAAUGUUUCUCAACAAUUCUAACAAUAAUCCAUAAUGAUGCAUAGGCUGCAUUGGUUUACAAAGUAUUCCUUUUUUUUUCUAUUGUACUUUUCCUAUUCAUGGUAAGAAAACCUACCGUAUAAGCAGAGUUUUUCAGCACAUUUUUUGUGCUGAGAAAGCCUCACUCUGCUUAUACCCGGCGGUCCUGUUGGGGGCCCGAGCAAGCUGUUAAUUACUUUUUGUAGCAGCUCUGCUCAGCUCUCACAGUGUAAGUCUGGCGAGACCCGUGGCAACGCUCCGCGCGACACGCAGACCACGAGACUUACACUGUGAGCUGAACAGAGCUGACCGGAGCUGCUACAAAGGUAAGUAACAGCUUGCUCUGCCAAAGGAGGUUCAACCAGUUAUUAAAUCCAAGGGUUCACAUACUUUUUCCACCUGCACUGUGACUGUUUACAUGGUGUGUUCAAUAAAAACAUGGCAACAUUUCAUUCUUUGUGUGUUAUUAGUUUAAGCAGACUGUGAUUGUCUAUCGUUGUGACUUAGAUGAUCAGAUCACAUUUUAUGACCAAUUUGUGCAGAAAUCCAUAUCAUUCCAAAGGGUUCACAUACUUUUUCUUGCAACUGUAUAACACCCUACACACACUACACACAUACACUGCAUUCAUUAUAUAUGCGCACGCACACUAAAUAAACAAUGAAUGUAAUUUUAUUUAGAAAUUUACCAGUAGCUGCUGCAUUUCCCACCCUAGGCUUAUACUCGAGUCAAUAAGUUUUCCCAUUUUUUUUUUUUGUGGUAAAAUUAGGUGCCUCUGCUUAUAUUCGGGUUGGCUUAUACUCGAGUAUAUACGUUAGGUUGUUUUCUAGGUUCAUUGAGUCGUUUAAAGGCAAUAUAGUUUCUGAUGUACAGUAGAAAUCUAGUUAACUGAUUUAGCUUACAUAGAGUUUUAUAGAGGGGAGUUUACAUGUUAAUUGGUGGAUCUAACAUGUGUAUUGAUACAACUGCAUCUAGAACGUAAUGCAUUGCACAAAUAAAAAGGAAGAAUCCUACCCUCAGGUGUCCCAUAAACCUCAACUGCAAAAAAAAUAAAUAAAUAACUGCAAAAAAAUAAAUUCUCUUUAAAGGGACACUAUAGACAUCUGUCACCUUAACCCGGCUGUCUAAAAACUUGCAGUUUGUGUUCCUUUCCAAAAGAUCCAACUGAGGAAUAUGUAAAAAUCUAAAUCUUUAUUUCACACAUUGCAUUUUUAUGCUGGCUAGAACAAAAUGGCUCCACGUAAGACAUCAGAAUAAAACAUGGGGUCUCUUGAUUCAUCUUUACAAAAAAAAAAGAAAAUUCUGCUUCUGUGUUUUAAAACCGUUUGUCAUCAAAGGGAAACUAUAGUGCCAUGAAAAAAAGUGUUUAAAUUGUGAUUGUAAAUUGUAUUUAUCAUUGUAUGGCUUUUUUGUUUCCUUUGCAGACACAUGUUUUUCUUGCACAUAAAAGAGGAUCUCCUGGCUGGCCAAAUGCAGUGCUCCCCAGAGCAGACAGUGGAACUGAGUGCCCUGUUGGCCCAGUUGGAAUGUGGAGAUUAUAAUCCCAACACCGCCAGCUACAACUACCAGUGCCUUUGCACAAAGGAAUUUGGAGCAGCUACAUUAGAAAGGUAGGGGUUUAAUUUGUAAAUGCCAUGUCCUCCUUUUCACAUGCACAUUUGUGAAUUGAAAUUGAUACAUCUAUUAUUUGUAAGAAAAUCUGGAGGAAAAAAAAAAAAAAACACACCUCACAAUUCCUAUUUUGAACUGCUGGAUGAGAAAUCUAGUGGUUUUGUGAAUGGAAAGCACAUUUUGCAGUUGUAAAAAAAUGUUUAGUGUGUGUGUGUGUGUGUGUGUGUAUACACACGCACAGUAUUUAUUAACCCCUUAAGGACUGGACUGUUUUUGCGAUGUUGUACAUUUGCGACCAGGCAUAUUUUUACACUUUUGUGGUGUUUGUGUUUGGCUGCAAUUUUCCGCUCUCUCAUUUACUGUUCCCAUACAAAUUAUAUAUUGUUUUUUUCAGGACAAAGGGGCUUUCUUUACAUACCAUUAUUUAUAUAAUCUCAUGUAUUUUAAUUUAAAAAAAAUACAAAAAUCUGAUGAAAAAUUUAAAAAAAUACAUGUUUUUUUACUUUUACUUGAAAAAUCUUUUACUCAUCUACAAAAGCGAAUGAAAAAAACUGCUAAAUAGAUUCCAAAUUUUGUCCUGAGUUUAAAAAUACCUAGUGUUUACGUGCUUUUUUGCUUUUUUUUGCAUGUUAUAGGGCUAUAGGUACAAGUAGGAUAUUGCGGUUUCAAAACAUACAUUUUUAAAAUUUAUCAAUAGUGACAUUGUAACACUAUUAUCUGUCAUAAAUCUCUGAAUAACACCCACAUGUACAUAUUUUUUUUAAAGUAGACAACCCAGGGUAUUCAAUAUGGGGUAUGUCCAGUCUUUUUUAGUAGCCACUUAGUCGAAAACACUGGCCAAAGUAAGCAUUCAUAUUUGUUUGUGUGUGAAAAAAGUAAAAAAACUAAAUUGAACGCUAAUUUUGGCCAGUGUUUGUGACCAAGUGGUUACUAAAAAAGACUGGACAUACCCCAUUUGCAAUACCUUGGGUUGUCUUCUUUUGCAAAUGGUAUGCCGUCAUGGGGGUAAUUCUCAUUCCUGGGCUACCAUACGCUCUCAAAGGCAACGUAACCAACCUGGCCAUUUUCAAUGUAAAAAUAUUUGACCCAUAUAUUUGACCUUGUAACUUUCAAAAAUGCUAUAAAACCUGUACAUGGGGGGUACUGUUUUACUCGGGAGACAUCGCUGAACACAAAUAUUAGUGUUUAAAAACUGGAAAACGUAUCACAACAAUUAUAUCAUCAGUAAAACUGCUGUUUGUGUGUGAAAAAUGCAAAAAAAGUAACUUUCACUGACAAUAUCAUCGCUGUGAUAUGUUUUACUGUUUUGAAUCACUAAUAUUUGUGUUCAGCGAAGUCUCCCGAGUAAAACAGUACCCCCCAUGUACAGGUUUUAGGGUGUCGUAGAACGUUACAGGGUAAAAUACAGUGCUAGCAAAUUAAAUUCUCUGGAAUUUCGGCCUGGGUUGGCAGGCAGGUCCCUCAAAUUGCAAUCAAUAAAAUUACUGAAUUAUGUAAAAAUAUUACAUAAAUACGCACGUAGAAUUUAAAUAUAUAUGCAUAUUUUUAUAUAUUUGAAGUCUACGUGUAUAUUUAUAUAAUUAUUUAUGUAAUUUUGUAUAUGGACGUAUGUAUAUUUCUUAUUAUUUUUAUUUAUUUUUAUAUACAUAGAUAUAUACAAAUUCAUUCUAAGUGUAUUUUGAUAUAAAUAUAUAUAUAUUAAUUUUAAAAUACAGUUAGAAUAAAAUUUCAUAUAGCUAUAUAAUUUUUUUUAAAUUUUUUAUUAUUAUUUAAAAAAAAUUAUUUAAUUUAAAUUACUUAUUAUUUAUAUUUUAUAAUAAUAUAUAUAUACAAUAUAUAUAGUUAUUAUAUAUAUUAUAUAUAUACGUGUGUAAUUUAAUUAUAAGUGUAUUUUUAUAUUAAUAUAAGUACAUAUUAAUAUAAAAAUACACUUAGUAUGGCAUUAUAUAUAUAUGAUAUAUAGACAUAUAUUAUAUAGGUAUAAUAUAUGUCUAUAUAUCAUAUAUACACAUAUAUAAUUAUUUUUUUUUUUUAUUAACACUAACUUUAUUUUUAUUUUUGAUUUUACACUAGCAGGGAGACUGCCUGUCAGCACAGACAGUCCCCCUGCAGGCAGACACUAGGACACCUAUUGUGACCAUGUGAUCGCUGUGUUAAGCGAUCACAUGGCCACAGGGGUCCUAAAUCAGUGUGGGGAGACUGUCUGGGCUGCAGGCAGUCUCCCCACAACCGGAGCCAUGCUGAUCGCCGCCGGGGGAACGACGGCGAUCAGGUAAGUAGCUCUGACCGUUAGGACGGUUCAGGACCGUCAUCGGUCGGCAACGCAAAAAUGCCGAUGACGGUCCUGAACCGUCCUCGGUCCUUAAGGGGUUAAAAUAACUGUACUCGUGUACCAUUUUACUUAAAAGCAUCUGUCCCGUUCUCUUGCAAAAUGAGCAUUUACUUUACUGAAAUUUCAACCCAGUCAAAAGAUCUUCUGAGAUAAAGUUAGGGACGACAUUGUCUUGGUAUUUUUCUUACGCUUGUCAAAUAGAGAUGUCGCGAACGGCUCGCCGCGGCGAGCUCUGGUCAGCUGACACAUCCCGGCCAAUCUCCAGCAGACCCUCCCUCCCAGACCCUCCCACCUCCUGUCAGCAUCCAUGUUGAAGCUGCCUUCAACAUGGAUGCUGUCCAGGAGGUGGGAGGGUCUGGGAGGGAGGGUCUGCUGGAGAUUGGCCGGGAUGUGUCAGCUGACCAGAGCUCGCGGUGAGCGGUUCGUGACAUCACUAUUGUCAAACCUAAAAAAAAAAAAUCAAUAGUAAUAAAUUGACAUCUUUAUUGUGGUGAACCAGCAAACCUCUAUUCAGCCACAUUUUGGAAUUAUAUGCCAGUUAAUGUUUUUGUAAUUAGUGAUGUCCCGAACGGUUCACUGCGGAUGGCGAACAUGUGCGCUGUUCGGUCCGCCCCCUAUGUCAUUGAGUAAACUUUGACCCUGUACCUCACAGUCAGCAGACACAUUCCAGCCAAUCAGCAGCAGACCCUCCCACCUCCUGGACAGCAUCCAUUUUACAUUAAUUGUGAAGCUGCAUUCUUAGUGAGCUGUCCAGGAGGUGGGAGGGUCUGGGAGGGAGGGUCUGCUGCUGAUUGGCUGGAAUGUGUCUGCUGACUGUGAGGUACAGGGUCAAAGUUUACUCAAUGAUGACAUAGGGGGCGGACCAAACAGCGCAUAUGUUUGCCGUCCGUGGCGAACCGUUCGGGACAUCACUAUUUGUAAUUUAUUUAUUUUUCUUCUCAUUCGAUUUCUACCCUCCAUCAGUUUUCAGUUUGCUACAACUGAUUGUACAAUGAAUAAACCCCCUGUUGUUUUAUUAGCAGACCCAAUGGUUUCACAAUACUUAAAUGAAAGGGGGGGAGGGGGGGAGGGGGGGGGGGAGUCACAUUUUAGGACAUGCAUUAUUUUAUUUGUUGUUAAACAAUUUGCAUCCGAUUUCUAGAUUCCUUGCCAUGAUGGAGGUGUUUAAUUUUGGAAGUUCAUGUAGAGUUGUUAUGUAAUCACCCUAAAUACAGGUGUGGUAAGAUCGCACCCGGUACAACAGUGAGCUGUGGACAGAUUGUUCAGGUCAUCUUUACAUAAUCCAAUAAUAAUGUCACAUUUCUUUUUAUAGGGCUUCUAAAUUUGAAGCUGUGGAGUAGAAAUAAUUCCUCCCUAUCAAGCUCGAUAAGUGUCAGAACAGCCAUGCCCAGAUAACCCAUUCCGCCCGUGCUUUCAUUUCUUUCAACAUUUCAUUGCAUAUUACUUAACAUGAAGUUACUUAAUUGUAUUAAAACACUGAGGGAAUCUGGAAUAACAAGGCAAUUAAUCACUGAACAUAAUCCAGUUUUAAGGGUUUGGAAGAGUUGGACAAUACACACAUUUCCCUCAUUAACAUCUUUAACAUCUUUUCCACAAAGCAUAAGUAAUGUUCCUUAUCUAAAUUCUGACUUUUUUUCAAACUAUGAAAUUCAUUCCUGUGAUAGCCUUUUAUAGUGUCAUGAAAUAGAGAGAUAUAGAUCUAUUGGCAUGUGAUUUUUAUUUUUCCAUUUUUUAUUUUUUUCUGGAGUUUUUCAAACUGCUUUCAAGCAUGAAAACCUGACCCCCUCCGCUGCUGUUAGAAACUUCACAUACAUAUUUAUCUAGCCUCAUAGCAAUAUACUAAAAUAUUUUUAAUCUUUUUAAAGUUUAUCCCAAGCUUUGAAAUCAUUUUGGAAAAGCUUUUUCAAAAAUAUUAAACUGAGGCCAGUGAUGGACUGUAAACAUGCUGGGCUAAAAGUCUUCCUUUUAUUUCUGACUGCUCCGAUUUGGCAAAAAAUAAAUUGAAAGACUGGAACAAAAAUUACAAAAAUAGUAGCGAUUUUAUAGUCAGUCGUGUCCUUUAAAGCAAAAUGCAUUCAGUUUAUGUAUUCCCAACUUGUCUUCUGUCCAGCAGAUGUCAUUUUGUAUCCAUUUUUAUUUUGCUUGUUGGCUGCAAGCCAUGCCUACAUUUGUAUUAGAAGAGCAAUUAACUAAUUAAUUAUUGAUAUAUUGCUAUUUAUUAUAAUAUUGUAUGUGUGUAUAUACAUUUUCAAUUUUUAUCUUUAUUUUUUGACCAUGGAAUACAAUAAACCAUUGUAGCAAAAUUACAUGGUGAUUCAUUUUAUAAAUGUCCUACUCUAGAAGUGUUGCAAAUAGAAAAGUGGGACAAAAUUACAAAAUACAGGCACCUGAAUACAGGAUAUAUUUGGAGUGCUCCCUCGAACUCUUUUUGAAUGUAAUAUUUUGCCUCUUGUCUUGUAGACUUUCAUCAUAUGUAGCAUAUAAGUGCCGUGUGCAAAUCAAAAUGGCAAGCUUAAAGUAAUAGGAUCAGAAACACACAUAUCCCUGACCCUAUAGUGUUAAAAACACCAUCUAGCCCCCUUGCCCUCCUAAAUAUAGCAAAAUAUUACUUUUAUUUUUUCAAGUAUGCUGCAGCUUGCUCUGCUCCUGAUCUGCCUGCUUGGCUGACAUAAUCAGAAGUGUUAUUCAGAGCCCAUCACUGUGCUUUCACAUAGGAUAGGAUUGGCUGAGAUUGUCAAGGAGGCAGAUCUGGCAGAGCCAGUACAAGCCAAACACAGUCCUGGUCAUUCAGCAUCUCCUCAUAGAACUGCAUUGAAUCAGUGCAUCUCUACAAGGAAUGUUCAGUGUCUCAAUGCAGAUGAUGGAGACACUGAAUGGCAGUGCGGCGCACUGCCCCAGGAAGCAGCCAUCUGACGAGUGGCUAGUGGAGGUUUCCUUAGGCUGUAAUGAAAAGAUUGCAUUUUCUCUGAAAGGACCGUGUUUACUGCAAAAAGCCUGAAGGGAAUGAUUACUCACCAGAGCUAUUGUUGUUCUGGUGACUAUAGUGUCCCUUUGAAAGCCACACUGUCAUCGCUCCCUGAAAAAUAAGUACAUCAUAAAGAUAAAAUAUUUAUUUAUAAAAGGCUCAUACUGACUAUGUUGGAAUUCCACUGAGACAAAGUAGGGACCACUACCUGACACCUAUAGGCUCUGGGAGAAGCUACCGCCGUCUAAAAAAAGUCAGUCUCCCAGCUAUCAGCAGUGAUGGCUGCAGCGAUAUUAGUUGUAACUAUGGAUGUAAAAUCCUCCAUAGAUCUCAAUGCUGUUGCGCAAGAAUACAGCAGUGAUGUUGGCUCCUAGGCAGAAAAGGACCAGCCAGAACAAAAUAGCUGUGCCAGCCAGGGACAGGGUCAGCUAAAUAAAUCUCUAACCUUUUCUUGGCGAUAUCACCAUUCAGGCUCUUUACAGACUAUGCACAGUCCCCAGAUUGAGACCGUGCCGCUUUAGACAUUCACCGUGUUUUAUAAAUGUACAAAGCUUUUACGUAUUCUUUGUUGAAUUACAAGCAAAUUUUAUAAAAGCUCUCCACAUUAAUUUGAAAUUUAGCAACUGAAGAUAUUUGUUUGUUUUGUUUUUGUUUUUUCUAACGGUGUGAAAUCUUUAAUUACAGUAUUAUUGAAAAACAUAAAAGUUUGGAAGGAUUGUGUCAAGCUUCGGGGGAAUAUAGAGUCCUGCAAAUUGUGUCUACACUGGAAAACUAUGGCGUUGAGUGGCAUUCUGUGCGAGAUGCUGAAGGACAGAAACUUGUAGUUGGCAUAGGACCAGAAGGAGUAUCAAUCUGCAAGGAGGAUUUUAGUCCUAUUAAUAGGUACAUACUAUGUAAUUCAAGUGUAUAAAAAUUAGUUUGUUUAGAAUAAAAGGGAACAAAUUUCAGAUCUACACAAGCUCGACAAGCUAAUCCCAUUCAGUUUCUCAGUUUGUAACUGCUGUACGCUAAUGUUGCAGAGUUCAAUGCACAGAAUUUUACAGUAAUUUCCCCUUUUUAAAUAAUCACAUAGCCAUACCAACUUGGCUUUUGUAUUGUUUGGAUAGGACAGAUCUAAUAUGGCUAUCAAAAAACAAAAGAAUUGACUAAUAAAAAAUGUAAGCGUGUUGAUCACAAACACAAAAAACGCAAAUGUAUGUACACAAUUUAGUUCAGCUCACAGCUUUCAUAAUUAAAAAGCUUGCCAUCUGUUUGGUCUUUACCGCCCUUGUAUGUAUAAAUGUUUAGUGUAGUUGUUGUCCACCCCCACUCUGAGCAGGACAAAGAGUCUUCCCCGUUUUGCGUGCUUACAUUACAUGCAUCAGAUGGACAAAAUUGACACUUGCUGGUCAGAAGGUUUAUGCUCUUCCUAAUUGAUGGCUUCAAAAAUGAGUUCAGGGUGCUUGUAUUAUUGCAAAAUGAAUGCUCCUUUAUUGUUCUUUUAGUACGUAGACUAACCCGUUAAGUAAAACAUAUUUCUUGAUAUGCCGACCAUGCCAAAACUGGUAUUCCUGAAUUUUUCUUCCACAUCUGGUCAGGUGAAUUCUGUCUGAACUUUAAUGGCAUGUUCUGUUCUUGAAAAUCAAUCUUUAAUUGGUAAAUGGGAGGGAAAGAGUAUAUUCAAGCAUGAAAUGCCCUUUUAACCUUUUCUAGAGUCCUGUAGGCAUCCCGUGAAAUAAUCUACAAAUACAUUGCAAAAUGUAAUUACUUUUUUGUCCUUUAGGAUUACCUAUCCUGUUAUUCAGAUGGCAACCCAAUCAGGAAAGAAUGUAUAUCUGACGAUCACCAAGGAGUCGGGCAAUAGUUUAGUCCUUCUGUUCAAAGUAAUCAGCACCAGAGCUGCCAGCGGACUUUAUAGAGCAAUUACAGAAACUCAUGCAUUUUACAGGUUAGUAUGACUACUGAUCCUGCAGGCAUAGGCAACCUUUGGCACCCCAAAUGUUGUGGGCUACAUCCCCCAUAAUUCUCUUAAACCCAUAUUGCUGGCAGAGCAUCAUGGGAGGUGUAAUCCAAAACAUCUGGAGUGCUGAAGGUUGCCUAUGCCUAAUCCAGUCUGUUGUCUAUAGUGUUCCUUUAAAAAACGUGCUUUAGAUUUUACAGUUCCGUGACACUUUAAUGACUACCUCUAAUUUAAACUUGACUGACAGAUUAACGACCGUAGUCUAGUUCUUCUGAACCAUCACUAGCAAAAAUUUGUCUUUCUUACUAUAGGUGUGACACCGUUACCAAUGCAGUUAUGAUGCAAUACAGCAGAGACUUGAAAGGCCAUUUAGCGUCUUUAUUCCUAAACGAUAACAUCAACGUUGGUAAGAAAUAUGUGUUUGACAUCAAAAGGACAUCCAAGGAAGUUUAUGACCAUGCAAGGAGGGCCCUGUACAAUGCUGGCAUUGUUGAUAUGGUUCCUAGAAGUGACCACAGUGAGCCAAGUUCCCCUCUCAAAAACUCUGAAAGUACUUUGAACUGCAACAGCUGUGAGAACCUCAGCUGCCAGCAAACCAAGGCUCUGCAGGAAAAGCUGCGAAAGCUGAAAGAGGCCAUGCUCUGCAUGCUUUGUUGUGAAGAAGAAAUCAAUUCUGCCUUCUGCCCCUGUGGGCACAUGGUGUGCUGUGAAAGAUGUGCCUCCCAGUUGCAGGUAGGUGGACUCAUGAACCCACAGGUUCAUCAUGGUUAUGCUCUUUUUUUCCAGUUGAAUUGGAAAAAAUAGUCUGUCUAUUUUGGUAUAUAAUACAUAAAAUGUACUUGAAACUCACUAUGAAUUCCCCACACAAAAGCCAAAUAAACACCCACAACAUCUUCUUUAAUAUGCAGGAGUUAAACUGUGUAAUGGACUUAAACAUUUGGGCUAGAACUCCCACAAUCCUCUGAAGACCAUUGCCUGGCAGAGAAUUAAGUUAUAGUCCAAUUACAUGUGUUUCAGCAGCUUGACACUUCUGACUUAAAGGAACGCUCGGGGCACCAUAACCACUUAAUAGAAAUUAGGUUGUUAUGGUGCAAAGAUGUUCCAGGCUCUUCUUAUCUUGGGGAUUAAACCAUUCACAAACCGUUUAACCCUGAAGUUGUAUCUCUCAUGGCGGACGAUCCUUCCUUUCCGCUAUGAUAUCCGUUUAAUAAAAUUCGGAUCCAGGAAGCAGAUACGUUGCUGAGCAGCGGAGUUGCUGACUGGCUUAGAUGGGUCAUCUGACGCUCUAAGCCAAUUAUCAGCUCCUCAUUCCUAUAUUUUAUUUUAUUUUUUGUUAAUUUAUUGUAUUUUUUUUCCCUUCAAUUAAGUCGUUCUGGUGCCCAGAAUGUUCCUUUUAAGGUGUUGGCUAGUAAAGAUAUCAACAUAGGAAAUGUUUGCACGUGUGGGAAACAGUUUGGCACAUUUAAAAAAAAUAAAUAAAAAAAAUAUAUAUAUAUAUGUAUUAAAUAUAUAUAUAUAUAUAUAUAUAUAUAUAUAUAUAUAUAUAUAUAUAUAUAUUUAAUACAAUGCUAAACAAAAAUCUGCACACCAGUCAAGCCAUAAGACUUGCUUUUCCCACAGAAAUCCCAAAUCAGCAGUGAUGUUACAACCGCAAAGGAUUCUGGGUGGGCAUAUGCAAAUUAGUUUAACAAAGAAUCACAUUUUUGCCUCAUUCCAUUUUAAACAUGGAUUCCUUUUAAUUUGUGUUUGCAGUAUACAACUGCUUGGAACACAAUUUAGGAUAAGAUGCAAAACCAGUGAACCACUCAUGGACAGCUGUUUCGUUGUUAAUGCAACUCUUCAGCAUGAGGUUGGUUACUGGUUUGCUUAUUGAGGCUUGGUAGUGCUUGGGAAGCAAAAUCUAUAUGUGUGUAUAUAUAUAUAUAUAUAUAUAUAUAUAUAUAUAUAUAUAUAUAUAUAUAUAUAUAUAUAUAUAUAUAUAUAUAUAUAUUUUUUAUUUUAUUUUUUUUGUCCAAUAUCAUUGAAAACAACCAGAGGUCGUCGUUGAUAUGCAAAUUAGCCUUUUUUUUUCUUUUUUUUGUUUUUGUUUUUGUUCCCGAACUGAGUUGGCAAAUGGAAUUGUAUCCUUUUUGAUCUUGGACAAAGAUUGAAUUCCAUUUAGAAAGAAAAUACAGUAGUACUGCGUAUUUAACAAACCAUGGUUGAUUUAUAUUUGUUAGUAGUACAUGAAUGUAUUAAGGUUUUUUUGGGUGGGGGGGGGAAUUUUGUCAAGACAACUGCAUACCUAAACAUGUAAAGGCUGAUACGUUUGUCAGCUUUUGAAGUUAAAUGCAAUUUAUUGUACUGUAAAUGUUUUAUAGGUUAUUUCCCCAGGUAGAAAUUGGCUCCUUGAAAUAUAUGGUUCAUGCAGUUACUGAGCAUAGAAUACCUUACAAAAUAGAACUGAAAUGCUUGUGUGUGAGUGGAAACUCAUGUUAAGACAUACAUGCAGAAUUUCCCUUCAGGCUGCUUUGCAUUGACAAUACAUGUUUGGUAAAUGGAGAAAGAAGGUAUUAAAAUGUUUUUUUUCUUUUCACCCACAGUCGUGUCCUGUAUGCAGAGCUUCAGUGGAGCAUGUACAGCAUGUAUACCUUCCAACACACACAAGUCUUCUGAAUCUUACUGUAAUUUAAGCAAACUGACAAGCUUGCUGUGACACUUAACCGACAAAAGAACUCCAUUUAUGUACAGCACCAUAAACCACUCCAGAAGUGGCCAGUGGCUCAUCAGCUGACGUUAGAGGAGACCUCCUGUCGCAUUUGGUCAAGAUGUUGAACUUAAACUGCUAAAGAGCCACUGAAAGGCCAUGCGUCAAUUAACAAGUGCUACAACCAUUGAUUUUUGCUACAACUAAAGAUUUUUGGCAAAGACCUGGAGCAUGUGUCCACAAGGAGACUGAUUGUAAUGUGACUGUAUUCUCCAUUGCUUUGUCCAGUGUGUUUUCCUUUUAAUAGAAAAGCUUGCAGGCAAUAUUAUUCAGUUGUACUUUCAAGCAUCAGGCCUGUUCUAGUAUUCUUUUAAAUCUAAAUGUGACAUAACCGUUGCACACAUACAUUAAUGUGGAGUAUAGUGCAUUGUGUUGCAAUGUAGUAGAACUAUACUGGUCUUGGUUUUGAUUCUGUUAUAUUUUCCCUCUUGUAUUAUUGGAUUUUAAUUUUGUACAAUAAGUUUGUGAUUUAUGAUUUUUUUUUUUUUUUUUUUUUUGAAAGGAAAGUAAACCAAUAGAAGCCAAAAAAUUAGAACUUUUAGACAUGGAGAAUAAUAGUGAAAACACAGCCUAAACAAAUAAUGCCACUUCCAAAAGUAAUACGGAACGUUAAAACAUUUGGGAGUUCGGUGCUUUUGUGUUUUGUUUUUCUUCUUCAAUUUUAGAAUUUUAAGUCACCUUUAUAGCCAUCUUAUUAUUUAACACUUGUUUCUGUCAUUACAAAAACAUAAAACAAAAAAAAACCCAGAGUAGAUAAUGCAGUAUUAGAAAAAUAAUACAGUAGUGAGUUUGCAAUGCUAGUUUCAAGAUACUAUUUGUUUUCUAAGAGUGAUUGAGAUUAUAUAUAUAUAUAUCUUUUAUUUAUAUUUUUUUUAAAACAAAUUUUAUCAUUAAAUUAUUUCUUUUAGAUUUCAACACCCAGUUGAUGCAGUGCACUAUUAUCUGGGUAGGCGCAGUAGAUUGCAUAGGUCAAAGAGGAAAGUUUGUGCUGUGCUGCUUUAGUUCCCUGGCACAUACUUUUUUUUUUUUUUUUUUUAAAUGGCCUCACUUCUUCAGAAGCCAGUUUUGCUAUAACAAUCAUUAUCCCACUGUGUCUCAAACUGUACUAUAUCAACAGAUUAAUACUUCAUUAAAAACGAGUAAGGUAGUCAAUCAAAUGAUUUAAUAACCGACUGGGACUGUCUAACCCAGGAGACUACCACAUGGAUUAUUUUCCUGGUAUGGCACCAAUUUAAAACCAAUGUAGUAUUCAGUAUAUUCCUUCUGUGAAUAUGAAUCUGCAUAUUCGGAUAUCCCUACACUAGUUUUUGUUUGUUUUUUGGGGGGGUUGGGAGAAAGGGAUGGGGUUUGUAAACUGUGUAGAUUUGUAUUGUUCGUGUUUUUAUUUUUGUGUGCUUCCUAUCCCAUUUUCGUCACCUGGGCAUUAUGGUCUGCUAGGAGAUAGCGGUUUUGGCUUUUUUAUGAUCCGAUCGAAUUUCUUUUGUUUUGUGUUUGUUUGGGUUUUUUUUAUUUUUUUAAACCUAUUCUCACAGACCUAAUUAGCUCUUUGGGAAUAGGUCAAUCCAAAGAUGUGAAGGAGCCAAACUCUUGCCAGAGCAAAAUAAAAAAAAAUAAAAAAAACACUCCUGUCUGUAGGAAAACCUAGCAGGCCUUUUAUGGGUGCAAUGCCAGCUAAAUCAAAAGCUGGAAAAAAUUUACACUGUCACUUUAUUGAAAAAUGUUAUUAAUAUAAUGUUCUUAUUGCCUUAAUGUAGCAGUAAAUGUGUUCUUUAUGCAUUUUUGUUUCUUUGCACAGACAUUGUGUCAAAACUAAUUAGAAAACUGCUCUACUUUUUUAUUGCACAUUGGCGUAUAUACUCAAAUACCAAGAGUUAUUUAUUUUUUCACUUUAUAAGAAAAAUGGAUUUUGCUUCCACAUUAUGCAGGAAAGAACUCAGAUGUUCAGUGUGGUAGACAACUUCUGUCCUUUUUAUAUUUAGUUUAAUAAAGAAUUUCUUAAAA